UAUGAUAGUAUUGAUGAUUGAUAUACCUAAGCUUCCUUACAAAAAAAAAAAAUAAAAAAUAAAAAUAAAAUUACACAAGUCCUUUGAGGAGAAACAAAAGAGCGCGGUUUAAUUUUAAUUGUUUCCCCAAUUCGAAUUUGAUUCCCGGUAAAUUUUAGUUAAACUCCGGGUCACACAAUACCAAACCAAAUAACCCAGAAACCCAGUUGUUGUAUUCUCAUUUCAACCACACAAAACAUACCGUCACAGACUGACUGACUACUAAGUCAAUUCAGUAGAAUCCACAUUUUCACCCCAUUUCUUCCCGCCAUUGCCGUCUCCGCCUCUCCACCACCACAACACCCUCAAUAAUGGGCAUCAAAGAUCUUCUCAGAUUUCUUAAACCAUACACCGAGCCCAUCCACGUUCGAAAAUAUGCCGGCAAACGAGUGGGUAUUGAUGCUUAUGCUUGGCUUCACAGAGGAGCAUACUCGUGUAGCAUGAAGCUGAGUUUAAAUUCAGAGGGAGAAAAGAAACUGCAAUACAUUAAUUAUUUCAUGCACAGAAUUAAGUUACUAAAGCACCAUAAGAUUACCCCAGUUGUGGUUUUUGAUGGUGGGAACAUUCCUUGUAAAGCCGGGACUGAGAACGAGCGAUACAGGAGAAGAAAAGUUAACAAGGAAAUGGCAAUGGAGAAACUUAACGAGGGGAAUGUUGGUGGUGCCAUUGAACUCUUUCAGAGAGCAAUCAGCAUCACUCCAUCUAUGGCACACCUAUUGAUACAGACUUUGAAAACAGAAAAUGUCGAGUUUAUUGUUGCUCCAUAUGAAGCUGAUGCACAAUUGGCAUACUUGUCUAGCCUUGGAGAAGAAAAUGGUGGUAUCGUGGCUAUAAUUAGUGAGGACAGUGAUCUGUUGGCAUAUGGUUGCCCAUCUAUCAUUUUUAAAAUGGAUCGAUUUGGCAAUGGUGAGGAGAUCAUUAUAGAUAAGGUUUUCAACUCGACAGAAAUUAAACCAUCAUUCCGAAACUUCAACACCAAUUUAUUCAUAGAUAUGUGCGUCUUGGCAGGCUGUGAUUUUCUUCCAUCUAUUCCUGGUAUUGGAAUUGUUAAAGCUCAUGCGCUGGUCUCAAAGUACCGCAACAUAGAUCGUGUGCUAUCAGUUUUAAAGACAGACAAGGGUAAGCAAGUGCCUGAUGAUUAUGCAAGAUCUUUCAAGGAAGCAGUGGCGGUGUUCCAACAUGCUACAAUAUAUAAUAGAGAAAAGAAGAAAGUUGAGCACAUGAAAGAACUCCCAGAAACACUUUUGGAGUCACUCGGAGGAGAAAUUUUUUUCUUGGGACCUAUCAUUCCUCCAUCAAUUUCAACUGCUAUUGCUGAAGGUAAUUUAGACCCCUCUACAGUGGAAGCUUACGAGUGUUCACUGAGCCAGAAAAAUUCUGGAUUGGCUGAAAUUGAUCAGUGUGAGGUGUCUGAUCCAGCAGAUGCUGUAGAGACUUGUUCUGCUUUAUCUCAACAGACCAAUAAAGGAAAUAAGCAUCGAGCAGCGAAACCUUUAUCCAGCAUUCGAAGUUCAUGGGGACAAAGAGAAACAAGAACAGAGCUGUUUUACUGUAUAUUCAUACCUAAGUAAAAAAGAGAGAAGCAUUUCAAGCACAAGUACUAUGACGGCCCCUAGACAAGUCUUGAAGGAAAAAAAUUUCUCGGAUGAAGCUGCAGCUCUUUCAAAUUUAGUCCUUGCAUCAGAGGCUCACAAUGAUGAAGAAAUCUCUAUUGUUUCUGAGUUUCCGGUAAAGACACCUGACAACAAUCCAUUCCGAAAAAGGAAACUUCAUUCAGAGAACAUAGAAACUACCCCUACAACAAAGUCAACAGUGACUGAGGAUGAUCAACUCGAGUUGAGAAGGCAAACUCUUGAUCCCAGGACAGUGUAAACUCUACAAUUCAGACGUUAGUUGACAACAAAGAACAGUUUAAAGCUCUGAAAAAAGGUAAGAUAAGCACCUGCAAAGCUUCAGGAAAUAAAAAAAGUAGUAUACUGAAUUUCUUUGCUCGCAUUUAAUUAAGAGCCAAUCAUUGAUUUAUGUACUUGGUUGAAUGUCUAAUUUAAAGCUAUUAACACCAAAUUUUGAUAUUGUGCAAUGUAAAGCAUGUACCAAGGUACCUUUUAAGCAUGCUUAAUUUUCCAGCACUGCACGUCUUAGUUGUAUUAAGUUUAGUUCGUAGCACAUACAAGCAAGACUUUACUUGUAUGGAUGACUUUGUAUAAGAUUAGAGAGAGAAUCAUGUAUUUGUAAAUAGUAUUUUUCUCA